UAAAUCACUGUUGGCGUUGAUAAUGAUUAUUUUGGUUGAAAUGAACACAGUUUUGUCGGCCUUUUAAAAGAAGAAAAAUGUUGCUGCAUACUACGUAGUUUGUUAAUUUAUAUUUUACGUGCAAAAAAUAAGAGGCAAUCUUUUUAAGUGUAACUUUUGGAUUUAAAGAGAACUGAUGCGUAAUGAUACGCCUUCGCCGGCGUUAUAUAUUGAUUUUCCUCGGUGCUUUCACUGGGGUUUUCCUUCUACUUUAUUUGCUAUUAAAUUCUACAUCAAAUUCACAACGACCUAAUUAUAAAGCAAUAGUUUCAAAAUUACAAUCCCUGGAAGAUGGAUUACACCGUCAUGGGCAGGAAAUGAAACAUCUGAAAAAUCGGUUAGAACACCAUUGGCAGGAGAACAAUGAAAUGCGUCGAGAGCAAAGCCAACAAACACAACAUGAGCAUGAUAUUAUGGAAAAGCCAGCAUUGGCUGAAGUGGAGCAAUGUAGUUUCGACUUUCAACAAGUGCCACAGCCAGACGUACAGAUGUUGGACAUGUAUAAUGAGUGGACAUUUGCCGAUGUUGAUGGCGGCGUUUGGAAGCAAGGCUGGGAUAUUAAGUAUGAUCCGAUUCGUUUUAAUGACCAUAACAAAUUAAAAGUAUUUGUUAUACCACACUCACAUAAUGAUCCAGGAUGGGUUAAGACUUUUGAUGACUAUUAUGAACAUGAUACUAAGCAUAUAUUGUCCAAUGCGCUUCGACAUUUACGCGAAAAUCCAGAUAUGACAUUUAUAUGGGCGGAAAUAUCGUACUUUUCACGUUUCUAUGACGAUCUGGGACAGAAUAAUAAACUCGAAAUGAAAAAACUAGUUCAAAAUGGGCAACUUGAAUUCGUUUCCGGGGGUUGGGUAAUGCCAGAUGAAGCGAAUUCACAUUGGCUAAGUAUUUUAUUGCAACUCACCGAAGGUCAAACAUGGCUGAAACAACAAUUUAAUAUUACACCGACAUCUUCGUGGGCAAUAGAUCCGUUUGGACACUCUCCAACUUUGCCGUACAUAUUGAAAAAGUCUGGCUUUCAGAAUCACCUCAUUCAGCGUACUCAUUAUUUUGUGAAGAAGGAGUUAGCUCUCAAACGUCAAUUGGAAUUCUAUUGGCGUCAAAUUUGGGAUACUUCAGGCAGCACCAGCCUUUUUACGCACAUGAUGCCAUUCUAUUCAUAUGACAUUCCACACACAUGUGGACCGGAUCCGAAAAUAUGCUGCCAAUUCGAUUUCAAACGUAUGCAUGAAUUUGGUCUUUCUUGCCCUUGGCAUGUGCCUCCACAGUCGAUAACGGAUCAAAACGUAGCACAGCGCGCGGAAAUGUUGGUAGAUCAAUGGAAGAAAAAAGCCGAGUUGUAUCGUACCAAUGCGUUGUUAAUACCUUUAGGCGAUGACUUUCGCUUCAGUCAAAGCACUGAAUGGGAUGUACAACGUGUCAACUAUGAAGCACUCUUCGAUCACAUCAACUCGGAGCAUCGGCAUUUCGUGGAGGCCAAGUUUGGCACAUUGCAGCAAUACUUUGACGCCGUUCAUCAGGAGCAACGCGAGGCCAUGCGUGAAUUCCCCACAUUAAGUGGAGACUUUUUCACUUAUGCAGAUCGUUCAGACAACUAUUGGUCCGGUUAUUACACAUCACGUCCAUACUAUAAGCGUUUGGAUCGUGUGUUAUUACAUUAUGUACGUGCUGCCGAAAUGCUACAUAGUUGGCGUACAUGGGAUACUUCUGCGAAGUUUGAUGAAAUGCUGCAGAAUGCUCGUCGAGAGCUUUCAUUAUUUCAACAUCACGACGGUAUAACAGGUACUGCCAAGACGCAUGUUGUAAACGAUUACGCGCGCCGUAUGUUGGAUGCUGUAACGACUUGCCAAUUUGUGAUGCAGCAGGUGGUUUAUAGGCUACUUACAAAGCCAUCGAUUUAUAUACCAGACUACAAAUUUCAUUAUUUCUAUCUUGACGACUCCCGAUGGCCCGGUCCCACUGACAGUCGCAGUACGAUUAUCUUAGGCGAGGAAUUACCCAUUAAACAUAUUGUUAUGCAUAAUUCCUUAGCUCGUUGGCGGGAGGAGUUAGUUGAUUUUUAUGUUUCAAGCCCUUAUAUGGCUGUAAAGGAUUUUCAAGACAAUACUGUCGAAGCACAAAUCACGCCCGUGUGGACUUGGCAUCGGCAUACGCCAUCUAAUACGAUUACACCGCAAGCAUCCACUACAAAGUAUCGAUUAUUGUUCAGAGCGAAGGUGCCUCCUUUAGGGCUGGCUACAUACAUAAUACAAGCACAAACAACUCCACAUAAGCAUACAACUUAUGCGACGAAUCUCAUUUUGACUAGAAAUCCAACGUCUAUUAGUUUAGGAAAUUAUCCGCAUGAAGUGAAAUUCGGUGAACAUAGACCGAUUUCGCUGCAUGUCGCCGGUGGACCAACUGUGGCGUUUAGCGGCGACGGCCUUUUAAAGUCGAUACAAAUUAAUUCGCACACACCACACAUACCUAUAAAAUUGAAAUUCUAUAAAUAUAGUGGUGAUAGAUCUGGCGCCUAUCUAUUCAUGCCACACGGGCCGGCGACACCGUUAGUUGACAUGGGCCCGCCAUCAGUGCUGGUCAGUGAAGGUCCUUUGGAAGCUAGUGUUACAGUCGGACUGCCAUUCGUGGUACAUCAGACGAUAUUGCGUGGUGAUGCACCUGAAAUACAAAAUUUGGUGGACAUUGGACGCACGGACAACACAGAGAUCGCAAUGCGUUUUCUGACUCGAAUAGAAAGUGGUGAUAUAUUUUAUACUGAUCUCAAUGGUUUACAGUUAAUUAAACGUCGGCGUUUGAGCAAAUUACCAUUGCAAGCCAAUUAUUAUCCCAUACCAUCAACUGCUUAUAUCGAAGACAGCACAUACCGUCUGACAUUGCUAAGUGGUCAACCUUUAGGUGGUUCUUCGCUAAACUCCGGUGAGCUGGAAAUCAUGCAAGAUCGUCGCUUAACACACGACGAUGAACGUGGCCUUGGCCAAGGAGUAUUGGAUAAUCAGCCAGUUCUGCAUGCAUUCCGUGUUGUAUUAGAACGCAUCGAUACCUGUCUGAUGCUAUCGGAAACUCAUCCUUCAGGUGCCUUAACACCAACCGCAUACAUGGCUUCGCAAACUUUGUUGCAUCCAUUGGAUAAAUUUAUUUUCAUUGAAAAUAAUUGGUUGGGCGUACUGCCAGCUUUUGGCGAAAAGCGUACUGGUGUUGGUGAAGAUACAAGCGUUGCGGUUUUUAGAAAUUUACCACCAACUUUAACAAAAAUAGCUGUGGCACGUGAUCGUAAAACAAAAGAUCCCCUAAUUAAUACUGGCAUUAUCAUACAUCGCACACUACUUUUGCAAUGUCGUGCUGCCGAUCAGCAAGCAGGUCUGGUUAAUUUGAACAAACUGCUAAUGUUCGACUCCGUGAGAGGUGUUUAUAAUACAAGUCUGACAUUUCUACAAACGACACAAAGGAUAGAUAACGCUGAAGUAAUUAAUCUCUGUCCGCUGGAUACGCAGGCAUAUAUAAUACAACACCACAGCUAAUUUGAGAAAAGCAAAAAGUAUAUUCGUCCACCUAUAUAUAUUUUCAGUUUAGAUUUAGUUUAUAAAACGAAUCUCAGAAUGGAAUCUCCCAUUAAUGUGACAUUUACAUAUGUAAUGUCGCGAUGUAUCGUACAUAUUUGUCUUUUGAAUGCAAGCUUUAUGUUAAAUGUACCACUGCAUUUAGGACAUUGUUAAUUUUACUUGUAUCACAGUAUGUGAUGGUUAAUUGAUUUAAUUUAUUAAUAUUUCUGUGUACAUUUGUGAUGAUCGGAACAAAUAAUUAAUUAAUAUUAUAUAACACAAAAUUUUUAUUAUACAUACAUAUAUGUAUGUUUACACUAUACACACCACAAUGAUAUUUUUUGUUUGACAACUUGACGAAUAUUUAGUAGAUUUCGUAGUACAUAUUAUAUGUAAUUAUGUAAAAUAAUGAAUUUUAAAUAAAUACGCAGACCAUUUUUCUUUUAA